UUGACAGAUACUUGAGAAAGCCACUUCUGUAUUAUGUUUGCCAAGCAUGUAGAUCAUAUAAAGCGCAAACACCGUCGCUCACGUACUGCAGAAGGCGCGAACUGCAGUUUACAGCAGCUCAACGUCGAAGGGAGGUGCUGUACCGUCUUGACUGCCAGACGUUACCCUCUAGGCUGCUUCUCCUUGUGAGCCCCUCGGCGGGAACACUAUCCAAACUCGGAAGGAAGGAAGGAAGGGAAAGGAACAUAUUUACAGAUCUCCUACUUUUAUACUGAUUACCUCUGUCUAACAUAAUAAAUUCUCAGGCUGUGGCACAUGUGAAAACCCACCAGAGCAUUUGCGUUCUUUGUCCAGCAUAUAUUUAACACUUGUUUCCCCAAAAGCCAGUCACGUGUCCACCCGACAACGUAAGAUAGUCUCGCAGGUGAUUCAACCGCAGACAAACAGGUCUUACAUUUGGCGCCCGAAAUGGGACAAUCGUGAUUGCGCUUUGGUGUUAUUAAAUAUUGCUGAGACACUUUCAUGACAGAGAAGCAGUGACCUCUUGCCACACUACGUCACCCUGUAGUAACAGCUGUUCACAUCCAUUUCAUGUGAUCUACAGUCUGUCAGUCUUCUUGUUCACAGCUACCUCCAGCAGUAAAUCAUAUAGUGACACUCUCGUUGAGCUCGCACUGAAGUGAUUAACUGUCUCUUUCCACCCUGACAAGCUUCACCAAGCCACAUAUCAUGGCUGGUAUUGAGCAGGGCACUUUGGAAAAACUGAUGAAGUCUAGACAUAUAGACUGCUCAAAGUCAGUGGCCUUAACUGACCUGCCUGAAGACACGAGAGAGGCUGACAUUAAGGAGAGAGUGGAGGAGCUCUAUGGUACGACGUCUAAAGUCAUACAUGUUCCUGGAGUGGUUCCCACCUUCUUGGUGGAAUUUGCCAGCCAGGAUACUAUGCUUAGGGUGGGUCAUGCCAUGCUGUUUAGGGAAAAGGAGGUCACAGUCAAUCAACUACCCCUUCCACACCCAUUGGUGGAAAACAUUUCAGCCAGUGGCCAGCCUGGAUCGGUUGACAAAGGAGGCAUCUCUAAAUAUGUCCAGGAGGAACUAGCAAAACAAAAAUCUUGGAUCUCUAGAGAUGUCCAGGAGGAACUAGCAAAACAAAAAUCUUGGAUCUCUAGAGAUGUCCAGGAGGAACUAGCAAAACAAAAAUCUGGGAUGCUGGACUUACUUCAGCGAAAUAAUGAACUGCUCAUGAGGCAGAUCACUGAGCUAAUGAAGAAUGCUUGUUUGGUUGCCUCUAGUGAGAAAGCCCCUGUGAUGCCUAAUAUCCAGCCAACAACACCUACCCCACCUGUAGUGGCUGAUGGCCAGCCAUUAGCAUCUGCCCCAACUCCUGCCCCUGAGGUAUUACGGCAGAAGACCUCAUAUGUGACAGCAGCCCAUGUUCACUCAGCAGCUGCCACACCAGUUGAUCAACAUACAAGUUCGGCACAUAGCCCAAUGCAAGCCCCUCAAGGGAGUCAGCAAAUGCCCAUCUUUUGGGAAAGGCCAAGCCCCCACUUUUACCGAGUGAAGCCAUUCUCUGGAACCUACCCGGUGAAGAGUGGGGAAAGUUCUCUCGAAGAAUGGUGCCAACAAAUGCGCAUAAUUCAGGAUGACCAGACGCUGACUGCAUCAUCCAAACGUCAGCGGUUGAUGAGCAGUUUGCUGUCACCAGCCCUUGAUAUGGUGCUAGGUCUUGGGGAGAACAAGCAGCCAGACGAAAUGAUCUCUUACCUGAGACGGUUGUACAGAGGAAAAAAAGAUGAUGUCCUCACUUGGAAGCAAUUCUUUUCUCUGACACCGACUCCCAGUGAGUUACCAUCGGAGUACCUGAUACGGCUUGAAGUCGAGCUGCAGAAGCUCAGACUAAGCAAGCCCAUGUCUCAGACUGAAGUCGAUCAAACUCGACUUACACAGUUCCGCACGACCAAUCGGAACCCAAACGUGUACAGCAUUUUGAAUGCACGCUUUCAAACUGGUGCAUCUCCAUCACUCCCGGAACUCAUGGAUGCAGUAAGGGAUGUAGAAAAAGACGAUGUGGUAUUUCCCACCCAGGCAAAAGCCCGGAAUCAUGUACACAAUACCUCUGAGACAGUGGAGUCUGGUAGUUCCGAACUCCACGACUUAAAGGCUGACAUACAGAAGAUCUUUUCCCUUGUAAGUCAGACUCACUCCCUUACCAAACAACCUGAUCAGGACCAUCUGGUGAGAAACAAGGAGCAGGAGCCCAAGAAAAAUGGUCAGAAGACAACUAAAUUUUGCAGGUUCUGUCACAACUGCGGACAGUGGGAUCACAGCAGACCCAGGUGCCGAAAUUCUCCAAAUCAGGCUUUGGUGUGGCAACGCACCAAGGAGGGAGAUGACUUUUACACACAAAUUCGCCAAACUAAGUCAAACUCCACCUCUGCGGAUUUAAACUCCGAGGGGUCUCUGAGGCAUUAAAAGGACAAUCAGAGACCCGGGCUUCCUCAAACCGUCCUACAGCAAUCCGCAACAAGGGCUAUUAUGACAAAAGGGCACAUGCCAUUAAACUUGAGUGUGGUGACAGAGUACUUGUGCGUAAUGUUGGAGUCAGGGGGAAACACAAAAUUGCAGAUCGGUGGAGACCUGGCAUCUUUGUGGUGGAGAGGCAACACUCAGAUCUCCCAGUCUAUGUAGUCAGACCAGAAAUUGGAGACAAGACAUCCAAAACCUACCACCGUAACCUUUUACUCCCGAUAGGCUCUCUGCCUCUAGAAAUCGAUGAGGAAGAUGCACCAUCCGCACCAGAGAGACCGGUAACACGCUCAAAACCUCGGCUAACUGCUCAACAAGAUGAAGCAGAAGACCACACAGACUUCAGCGAUGAGGACAGAUGGUACUGUGCGACGCUUUCGGAUGCAGGGGGACAUGUUGUGGAGCCAAUUACAGGCCCAGAACAAGACACCGCACCGUCAGCAGUCAAUUCACGGCCAUUAAAUCCGAACUGCCCAGAGUUUGUCCCACGGCAGCCGUUCCACCUACGACCUGAUCAAGUCAAUGAAGCAUUGGAAAAUCCUCCAGUGGAAACCCUCGUGGCAGAUCAGCAAGGUGAAGUGGAUAGUACUCCUGUGGCAGACAAUGUGGACUCUGAACCAGCGAUGCCCACGACGGUGCAGACAUCCUCAACUGAUGACACCAGUCCCAGACGAGCCCCCAAUGAGAUGGACGAGGACAUCCCUCUACCCGUGGAGACCACGUCGCGGGACUCCAUAAGACGCUCCGAACGCCAGAAGCAACCUCCCCGAAGGUUCACUUAUGAUCCAUACGGGGUUGCCUACAGCAAGUAUAUGGUCUGGGUAUAACCUGAGCAAACUCUCACAUGGGUGCUUUGAGCAGGGUAACCCAGUCCUUUUUGUUACUUUUUGUAGAAUUUUGGGUAAUAAUGGAUAUCGCUCUUGAUAAAGUACAGAAUUUUGACAUUACCCCUUUUCUUUCUGUCUGGUGAUAAGUACCAUUCCUUUUCCAUUUAAAACUUCUAAAAUUUUAAAUAUGCUCUGUAUAGUGCACUACGCAUGAUUUUUAAGAAAUAUGUAGGACCAUUGGUAGGCAAUAUUGGCAUGCUUUGUUCUUUUUUAUCUGGCUCGCUUUUCUUAUGUUACAGGUCAAUAUGGAAGCAUUACUGCUAGAGAUCCAGUCCCUGAAAGCUGAGCUCAUCAACGUCCAACUGGAGCGUGAUGUACUCCGGAGAGAGCGAGAUGAAGCCAGAGCUUGCCUAGUAAGGACACUAAAGGACAUCUUCAGGAAGAGAGACAGUCCACAGCCCACAGGGGACAGAGAUGGCGCAUCAUCCCUUGCGGACGCCACAAGGCUGUCGAGCCCCUCGACGGUGGACGACAGGCCUGGCGAACCCCCGGCUGGUAUGCCCAGUAUGGUUCAUAUGUCAUGUAGCCCCUCGACGGCGGCGCAUGCAUCUGAUCCCUCUACUGAGGUGACCAAGCCCAUCAAGGCACGGAACGUUGCUGUCACACCCAACCUGAAUACCGGGAAAGAGAGCCGACUGUACAUUGCGCUCAGUCAUCAGGCCAACACCCAGAAGGACAGGCAAAAGAAGAACUGUCCAAACCUAUGGCUGGCCCUUGGAAUGAAAAGGAGGGCCACCGUACCUACUCUCCAGGAAGCAAAGCGAGUGCGUGUGACGCUGGCACAAGACAGGGACUCUAGCAGUGAUUCUCUGGAUACCAGGGACAAUAACAGAAAUCAUCACUUUUAAAGUGUUCUGUCCAUGAAGUACCACAGGGGUAUCUACUUGGGAAAAGCCAAAGUUAAUUCCUGAUCCACCCUUAAACCCAAGGUCUGAUUGGAUAGGACCUCCUCACCCAAUAUCAAACAUCCGACCCUACAAGUUUUAUAUCCCUGACGAUGAGACAGACUGGCAGAGAGAAUUUCGACUCCGAAGGGAAGACACCAGAAAAUGGAAUCAUGAGUUUUGGCUGGAACACAACAACAGUUUCUUCAAA